AUGGCUGACGAUAACUACUUCAGCACGCCUCAUGAGGCAGCUCUGGCACUCGUAGCCACUGCUAUGAAAAAGGCUCGUUUAAGACCAGAGAUGCUAGUUAUAAGUUCGAUCAUAGCAGGGAUGCUGUUCACAGUGGGUGGGAUGCUUCACUUAUUGACACAAGCUCAUUUGCAAGGAUUUAUGUCCGAAUACAUGGGAAUUAUCAAUCUUCUACAAGGAUCAGUUUACCCUAUUGGUUUGUUUUAUGUCGUAGUUUUAGGAACAGAACUGUUCAAUUCCAACGUUUUGUUCUUCACAGUGGCCUUAAUAAGAGGAAGUGUGAGUAUAGUGGAUUUGAUUGUCAACUGGGUUGUUUCUUUUGUGUUCAAUUUUGCUUCUACGUUGUUCGUUUGUGAAGUCAUCUGCCACCUAUCUGGAAUCACUUCUACAGAGACCAUGAGGCUUGGUUCAAUUCAGAUUAUUGAAGAAAAGGCAAGUUGCGGGUUCGUUAAAACUUUGCUCCGAGGUAUACCUGGAAACUUCUUUGUUUGCCUGGCCAUAUAUCUACAAUUAAUGGUAAAACCUCUGCAUGUCAAAUUUUUAAUGAUAUUCUUACCGAUCUUCACUUUUGUUACCAUGGGGUUCACGCAUGUUGUGGCUGAUUUUUAUCUCUGUCUUACGGGAAUAAUAAACGGAAGCUCUGUAAGCAUUGGUGAGUACAUUUGGAAAAUAAUGAUUCCUGCCACCAUUGGAAAUAUCAUAGGAGGAGUGUUUUUUGCCAUUGCCAUUCCAUGGUACUUACACCUUUACGUGGUGGAACAAGAUAGAGAACGUUUAGACCUGCCAGAUUACGUGGAGAAGGAUGAACAACCGUAUCUCAGUAUGGACUCUAGAGUUGUCAGAGUUCCAGAAACGAGGGAUUCCAUUGGCUCAACUGGGUUGACUAGGUUCAAAACUACAAAUUCUGUCCGCUCAACACCAAAAGGUGUAUUCCCUGUCGUGGAUAUGGACUGUGAAGGGGAUGAUGAUAUUGACCAGGUUUUAGAUGCUGACCAGUUCAAGCCAAGUUAUAAUCUCAAAAGAAUGAUGACCAAGAGAAAAAACUCUAAUACUGAUGUAGAAUCGAAAGCUGGUAGUUUCAAACUCGAUAAGUUUGCCUCCCGGGGAACUGUCUCAGAAAGAGAACUAGGACUGUUCCGACGAUUUGCUCCCUCAAGGAAAAAUAGUCACAAAUCAGCGUCCUCAGAGUUUGAGAUACUACAACAGAAAGUCUCCCAAGCAGGAAUAACCCCUGCAGCUGCUGGGGCAUCUGAUGAAAUCGCAGGGACAGAUUCCAACGCUAUUAAAAUGAUGGCUCGAUCUCAUCGAAUGAAUUCAAACUACAGUCAACAAUCUCGUAUGAGCAGCUCCUAUCAUAUAGACCAGCUGAAAGAAGAUGAGGAGCCCAUGAGUUCUAAUGAAACAGACUCUACUGAAUCUAAUAUAAGAACAAGAAUAUGA